AUGCCGGUAGAAGAAUUAGACGACAGGGUCAUUUUGACCGACGCCAACGACUCCUCCACCAAAUUAACCAUUUUAAAAUUCGGAGCCACAAUCAUAUCAUGGCAACAUCAAGGCGAAGAAAAAUUAUGGCUUUCCAAAGCAGCUAAAUUGGAUGGAUCCAAAGCAGUUAGAGGUGGUAUUCCCCUUGUUUUCCCCAUUUUUGGUAAACAAAAGGAUCCUAACCAUCCAACGGCAAAAUUACCCCAACAUGGAUUUGCUAGGAAUAAUUAUUGGGAAUUCUUGGGUCAAGUUAAAGAAAACCCACCUACGGUUCAAUUUGGAUUAGGACCUGAACAAUUGGAUCAAGAAACAAGAUCUAAAUGGGAUUAUGACUUUACUUUGAUCUUGACCGUAUCCAUUGCCAACGACAAACUUAACCAAAAGAUUGAAGUGGAAAACACAGGACUGGUGCCAUUUGAAUUCAAUUGGUUGUUUCACACAUAUUACCACGUCGAAGAUAUAACCGAUGUAUUGGUCAACAAUCUUGUUGACGUUUCCUGUUAUGACCAAUUGGUGGCCGACAAGUACACGGAAAAAGCCCCCGCCAUUUCAUUCCAUGAAGAAUUUGAUCGUAUUUACCAAAACAUCAAUCCUCAUCGUAUAAUCCAAAUUAUCGACAAGGGAAAAGUCUUGUAUAAUUUGCAUCGCACCAAUUUACAAGAUUCAGUAGUGUGGAACCCAUGGGUGAAAAAAGCUGAAGGCAUGGGUGAUUUCGAACCUAAACUGGGGUUCCAUAAUAUGGUUUGUGUUGAACCGGGCCAUGUGAGUUCGAUGGUGUUGUUGCCUUCGAAAGAGAAGUGGAGUGGUGAGCAGGAGGUUGUAAUUGGUGGUGAAAUCAAGGUGCAAUCCAACAUUUAUGAGUGA